CCACCUCCUCCUCUUCUCUCCCCCCCUCCCAUUCCCCAAUUCGAAAUCGAAUCGAGUCGUGCGUGCGUGAGUGCGCGACUCGCCCACACAGCCAACUGCUCCCCUCACCCGCCCUCGGCGCUAGGGUUUCGAGGAGAGGCGGCCGGCGCGAUGUCGCUGCGUCCGAGCGAGCGGACGGAUGCGCGGAAGAGCAGCUACAAGGUGGCGGUGGACGCGGAGGAGGCCCGCCGCCGCCGCGAGGGCGACAUGGUGGGCAUCCGCAAGGCCAAGCGCGAGGAGAGCCUCCAGAAGAAGCGCCGCGACGGGUUCGCUGCCUCCGCCGGUGCCGCCGCGCCGCCGAUGGCCCACUCAUCCGCGCUCCAGCAGAAGCUGGAGGGUUUGCCGGCGAUGGUGCAGGCGGUGCUCUCCGACGACCCUACCGUCCAGCUCGAGGCCACCACGCAGUUCAGGAAGCUGCUCUCUAUCGAGCGAAGUCCUCCUAUCGAGGAAGUGAUCAGCACAGGAGUGGUGCCACGCUUCAUUCAAUUCCUCACACGUGAGGACUAUCCCCAACUUCAGUUUGAGGCUGCAUGGGCGCUCACCAACAUUGCAUCAGGCACAUCGGAUAACACCAAAGUAGUGGUUGAGUUCGGUGCUGUGCCCAUCUUUGUCAAGCUCCUCAGCUCCCCCAGCGAGGAUGUCCGCGAGCAGGCUGUGUGGGCUCUAGGGAAUGUUGCUGGUGACUCCCCAAAGUGCCGCGAUCUUGUGCUUGGCCACGGUGGGUUAUUCCCCUUGCUGCAGCAGCUUAACGAGCAUGCUAAGCUCUCAAUGCUCAGGAAUGCCACAUGGACGCUCUCCAACUUCUGCCGUGGGAAGCCACAACCUAACUUUGAGCAGGUCAAACCAGCGUUGUCAGCACUGCAGCGCCUCAUCCACUCUCAAGAUGAGGAGGUCCUAACUGAUGCUUGUUGGGCUCUCUCAUACUUAUCUGAUGGAACUAAUGACAAGAUCCAAGCAGUGAUUGAUUCUGGCGUGUUCCCUCGCCUUGUGGAGCUUCUGAUGCACCCUUCUGCCUCGGUACUCAUUCCAGCUCUGCGCACGGUGGGUAACAUUGUUACUGGAGAUGAUUUGCAGACUCAGUGUGUCAUUGAUCACCAAGCACUUCCAUGUCUUUUGAACCUCUUAACUACGAACCACAAGAAAAGCAUCAAGAAAGAAGCAUGCUGGACAAUCUCAAACAUCACAGCUGGUAACAGGGAACAGAUUCAGGCUGUGAUCAAUGCAAACAUAAUCGGACCCUUGGUGCAUUUUCUGCAAACUGCUGAAUUUGACAUUAAGAAAGAAGCAGCCUGGGCAAUUUCAAAUGCCACUUCUGGUGGAACACAUGACCAGAUUAAGUACCUUGUUGCCCAGGGUUGCAUCAAGCCACUCUGUGAUCUGCUAGUUUGCCCAGAUCCUAGAAUUGUUACAGUUUGCUUGGAAGGUCUUGAGAACAUCUUGAAGGUUGGGGAGGCAGAGAAGAACCUUGGAGCCGGUGAUGUCAACAUCUAUGCACAGAUGAUUGAUGAUGCUGAGGGACUGGACAAGAUUGAGAAUCUUCAGAGCCAUGACAACACCGAGAUAUAUGAGAAGGCGGUUAAGAUGCUUGAGUCCUACUGGCUGGAGGAGGAAGACGACGCGAUGCCCUCAGGCGACAAUCCUCAGAAUGGCUUCAACUUUGGGAACCAGCAGCCUUCUGUUCCAUCGGGUGGAUUCAACUUUGGCUGAAGAUGCCCAUUUGGAAUGGCUACUGUGCCAUUGUGCCUUGGCUAAUUGCUUGGGGCUAGUCAGAGGUACAGUUGGGGUAGUCAUGUCUUCCAAGUCAUGGUUGGGUCCCCCCAUUGGUCUGGUCUCAGGAAGUCGUCAUGUCAGUCCCAGUCAGCAGGGUCAGUCCUUGGGUUGCAUCGCCAGUGGUGCAGCUUGGUCAGUGGUCAGUCUUGAAGGUCAGCGGGUCGGAUCAUUUGGGCUCUGGUUCGCACUUAUGGUGGGAGCAUGGAAAGAGGGUGUCUAGAGCACAGGUGUUGUUGGGAGUCAUGAGUUGGGUUUUGCCUCCUAUAAAGCAUGAAUUAUAUUGUUUUACCCGUUUGAGGUAGAAAGAACCUUGAAAGAUAAGAAAUGUGUCGGUUUUUGUCAAAGCAUUCCUGUGCUGUAUAACUUGUUGCACUGAGUAUUGGCACAACUUAUAAAAACAUCAGUGUCAACUGGGUUUUGGGAGUCUCACGCUGGUCUAUAAGUCUAUUAAUUGAUUUAUUGUAUGUCCCACAGGUUUGUCGGGUCAGUACUUGUUCUUGUACUCACUGUCGUAUGGAGGUUUUUUUCCAUGUCUGUCUAGAAUUCCAGGUGUAUUUGCCUAUUUUGGCGAGGUUUCUCUAGUUGAGUUACUCGUGGUGUUAAGGUGUUUAUGGGAAGAUAAGCAAAGUUGGUUCUGUGUUUUACUGUGGAACCUGGUUUAUCGUUGUGCAAUUGUCAAUCAGGAUAUGAACCUGUGAACCCUCUGCUGUAGCAAAUUAGCAAUGGAACGAAAGAAGCAAAAAAUAUCUUAUUC